AGUUUUCAUCAAGAAACAACAAGCAAAUGCACAGGAUGUGGAGCAACAACUGCUGCUUUAUUCCUUCCCUGGUGAGGAAUACCGCAAGCCAAAGCGUGCUAACUCCCAGCUCAGAUGGGGAGGACGAAAGGAACCAUUUAGCACUUGCUAAAUGAAAAGGUAAAAAAAAAAAAAACAGCAGGAAAAAUGCGCACUAAUUUGUCGAACCCAAGGGCCCUUGCCUGGCCUCUGAGAGUUGUAGGUAAUGGGCCAGAGGGGAAGAUCUUGUUCUUAAACACUUUAAUACUCUGACUCUGCCCUCAGCGCAGAGGCAUCGCGCUGGCGUUUCAGACCGCGCGUGCCGGUGCCUGCCCUGUCACCUCCUCCCUGCGUAGCGGCCGGUGCCGAGAGCAGUGAAGGUUGUUCGGAUCGAGAGGGAGGGGAAAGACGGAAGCUACAACUUCGCAUCUGCAGCUCGUACGUGUUUGUGCUAGGCUUCCGUCCGCUUUUCGGGCGGGACGUGAGCCUGGGACGCCAACGCGGCUGUGGUCAAGGUUUGAAAGGUAGCGCUGGAUCUGUUAGAGACCUCGGAGGUCUCUUCUGAGCACGUUUCAGUGCAAAAAGCAGAGACCUUUUACCAGAAAACCGUGAAUCUGAAAAUUCGUGACAAAACUUCGUGCCAUGUUUUUAGAGCGUAAAGAACUGGCAUUGGGGAUGUUUGUGUACUUAAUUGCAAAUUCUUCUUCUGAAAAGAAAACAAAGUGUUUCACCCUCAUACCAACUUAAAUAAUAAUUCUUCUGUCCUGUGAUAAACUGCAAUGUUCCUCGUAUAUGCUUCAUCCUUUCCCGAAACUCCUGUUGGUGCACAAACCUCCAGUUUCUCUGCUGUUAACUCUUCGUUAGUCCAUUUGGAGGAGAGAGACAGGAUGGCUGAGGCUUGCAGGAAGAAAAAGCGUCUGUUCAGCUCAGAUCUGAGGAAGGUGCUGGUCUCGCGUCUGGCAGAGGAGCUUCUCCCGAAGACCGUUACCGGGUUUUAAUAGGCGAUCCCGCCACGGGAGACCACACACGGCUCUCAGUGCACCGCUUGAAAUUUCCAAGUCGUUUAAUACUUUGGAGAGUUUUAAGAAUUCCUGCCGACGCCUUUCCUGUAGAAAACCAUGCCCUACCGCCGAGCCCUUCGCCUGGUCCUGCUAACGCUGUGCGGCGUCCUGGUCCCCGCGGGGCUAGCAGCAGAGUACCCGCAGGGCCCGGUGCCCACGCUGUGGAACGAGCCGCCCGAGCUGCCCUCGGGAGCCGGCCCCUUCGACGCCAGCACCGCCGGCGCCCGGCUCCCCGACACCACCGGCCUCCCGCCGCGCACCGCCGAGCUGGAGCCUGAGGACACCACCCACCUGCACCGCCUGGACGCUGGUGACGGGUCCCUGGGGCCGGGAGCCAUCGGGGCCAUCGUCAUCGCCUCCCUCCUGGGCACCUCCGUGCUCGUGGCCUUGGUCGUCAUCACGCUGAGGAAGUUUUCGGCCUCCUGAGCUCAAUAAAGGCUUUUUC